AUGAAGCCCGACCAAGCUAUGGAGACGAAAGUCACAAAUGCCAGCGACCGAUCUCAGAGUCCCAAUUCGGAUCCUCCAAGAAAGACCUAUACGAUAAAGGCUCACUGGAAAUGCCUCGCAGCUUGCACCCUCGUGUCUAUGUGCCCCUUCCAAUAUGGAUUGGACUUUGGCCUCAUCGGUGGACUUCAGGCCAUGAUUGGCUUUCUGAAGAUUUUCGGGCAUGAAGCACCAGAGACCCCGCUGGGCUGGAACCUCUCAACAGAGCGUCAACAACUCAUCUCCUCCCUAAUGACCCUCGGCGCCUUCUUAAGUUCAUCAACCGCAGGUCCCAUUGCCUCAUUCAUGGGCCGCAAGCCAAGUAUAUGGGCCGCCAGUCUCCUCUGCUGUGUGUCCAAUGUCAUCAUGAUGACCACAACGAAUAUCAAUGCGAUAUAUAUCGGCCGUCUGCUCCUUGGGUUGGCCAAUGGCCUAUUCAUGACAUUCUCGCAACUAUAUAUCCAGGAAUCGGUCCCCGCACGCUACCGUGGUCUAAUGAUAUCGUCGUUCCAAGUUUGGACCUCAGUAGGGUCCCUAAUCGGCACCAUAGUCGACAACUUCACAGCGAAGAUCAUGGGCAGGGAAUCAUAUCUGAUUCCGCUGGGGCUGAUUUAUAUCGUCCCCCUCAUUAUGUCUGUGGGCCUGCUCAUAAUCCCUGAGUCUCCCAGGUGGCUCCUCGAACACGGUCACAGAGACAAAGCCCUCAAGUCGCUGCUCUGGCAUCGGCCAUACGACCAGGCGGAGGCAGAGGAGGAGCUCAAAGAUAUGCAAGAAGCCCUUGACAGCGAGGUCAACACAAAGAAAAAUGCCGCCAUAAAAGAUAUGUGGACACAUCCGGUGGAUCGCAGGAGAACUAUACUAGCAGUCUGCGCCAUCACGCUUCAAGGCGCCUCUGGUGCGAUGUACAUGAUAGCUUAUGGCACAUAUUUCUUCGAGAUGGCAAAUAUCGGCAACAGCUUCGAGAACUCGUGUAUUCUCACUGCUGUCGGUGUUUUCGCUAUCAUACUCAACAGUGCCGUCGUCACUCAUAUUGGCCGUCGACGUGUCUUCCUUACUAUCGGCUUGUUUAUUUGCGGACUUUCUCAGCUUCUCACAGCUAUCAUCUACACCAUCAAGCCUGGCACUCAGUCGACUGGAAAAGGCAUAGUCGGCCUUGCAAUCAUAUACAUAUUUGGCUACAACGGAAUGGUGGCCACGUAUGCCUGGAUAUCGGGCGGUGAGCUCCCGUCUCAGCGACUUCGGUCUUACACAUUUGGCCUCGCAACAGCUGUCGGUUUCUUCGCCGCCUGGCUAGCGACCUUCACUGCGCCGUACUUCAUCAACCCCGAGUCUCUUAACUGGGGCCCUAAGUAUGGCUACAUCUGGACGCCGUCUUGCUGGCUUGCAGCUGCCUGGGUCUUCUUCUUCCUGCCGGAAGUCAAGGAUCGCUCCCUCGAGGAGAUCGAUGAGAUGUUCGAGGCGCGCCUUCCCGCCAGAAAGUUCCGACAGUAUGUCUGCGUCGGUAGAGCUGGCCGCGAGGCAGAGAAGAAGGAAGCAGAGGUUGUUCAUGCGGAGGAAGUCGUCUGGUCUGAUGGCAAAGUUGCUACUGAGGCUGCGACAGUUGUUGCUUGA